AUGUAUCUGAUCUUGAUUGACGCGUUUUCUAAAUGGGUACAAGCUUAUGAGAUGCGUGAUAUCUCGGCAAAAGCGACAGUGGAGGCUUUCAAAGAAUACGUCGCAGCUUGGGGCCUUCCUAUCAAAGUAGUAACAGAUAACGGUCCAGCGUUCGUCGCUCGUGAAUUUCAAGAGUUUUUACACAAAAACAAUAUUAUUCAUCUGACGUCACCACCGUAUCACCCGGCCAGCAAUGGCGCCGCUGAAAAUGCAGUAAAAACGUUUAAAAUUUCAAGUUUGUCAAGCGUCAAUCGUAACUCUAAUCUGAGAGUUAAUUUAAGUUCUAAUCAAGCUCGUGGAAUUGAGCAACAAGCCAAUAAAGAGACCAAAGAAGUAAUGGUUAAGAGCGAGCCGACUUCGACCGAGGCAACUGCGAGUGGACCAUGCACUCAGAUGACUCAGAAACAAAGUUACCAUUAA